AUGGCCUCUGAAUCUCAAGCCAAUCUUCACCGACGAGAACGGCUCCGAAAACUCGCUAGUGAACAGCUCGACAUUUCCAAAGACCCAUACAUUUUCAAGAACCACCUGGGCUACUUUGAAUGUCGCCUCUGCCUCACCAGUCAUGUGACCGACGGUAGCUAUCUCUCCCACACCCAAGGCAAGCGGCAUCAACAAAACUUAGCCAAGAGAGGAGCUCAGAGUCGAGAUGGACCCAGGGAGCAGAACCGGGAACUAUCCGGAGCCAACAAAAUCCACAUUAAGAAAUCUGCGCUCAAAAUCGGCCGUCCCGGUUACAAGAUCACCAAGGUGAAGGACCCGCUGACCAAGCAGCUGGGUCUGCUUAUGCAGAUCAACUUUGCAGAGAUUGGCACGGGAGUCACCCCAAGAUACAGAUUCAUGUCUGCGUUCGAGCAAAAGGUGGACGUUCCGGCAGACAGAAGGUUUCAGUAUCUGUUGAUUGCGGCUGAGCCGUAUGAGACAAUUGCUUUCAAGAUUCCUGCGAAGGAGCUGGAUCAGCAUCCGAGUAAGUUUUGGAACCAUUGGGAUAAGGAUCGCAGGGAUUAUGUGUUGCAGGUCAUGUUCAAAGCAGAGCGACAAGCAUAA